AUGGCUGGCACCAAGAUCAAGACGGGCUCGAAAGGUUCCUCCCGUCAGACGCGAACCUACGCGGCCUGCACUCACGUCACGUUGAUCCGCGUCUAUAGCUACCAUCUCCGCUGCGAUUCUUGUGGCAACCUUGGCCCCUUGGGCUGGCUGUACUGUUGUACUCAAGAUCACGAGGAGUUGCUUCGCGAGGCCAUUUGCCGCGGAGAAGAGUGCAAUUUUGACGAGCUGGGCCGUGACAUGGUCAAUACCGUCAAACCCAGGCUUCGCGGACCAGAGCAGCGGGCCACAAACCCAGCGAACUUUCUCGAGGAAAUGUCCCCUGAAUUUAUUGCCAAAACGUACACUAGCGAACAGCUUAUGACCAUCUUCAACCAACGCAAGCAUCUUGCCAAAGUUCUUCAGCAAGAGUCGGAUCGCAAGACGGCAGCCACUGUCAAAGAAUCCAAUACGUCCGACUUGGCCGAGUUCUUGACCCAGAGCGCCAAACCUUGGGUUCCGAAUCCGAGAGAGGGGUGCAAGUACAGAAUUUGUCCUUGCUGUCGCCCUGGUGGCGCAGACAGAGCGUAUCUCAGCCUCGACAGUAUCGCUAACGGCGACGUUCCCGCGACGGCUGCGACUGGUUGGGGAUUUCAUCACUUCGGUCGCAGGCCGAUCUGCCAUCCUGAAGUAGUCGCCAACCUGGGUCUUCGCUCGCAGACUGCCUCGACGGCUCCUUCUCUUACGUCCACGUCUCCGGCAUCGACAGCCAGCCGAGACACUUCGAGCACUGAAGAUAACCUCGAGUCACGUCUUGCAAGUCUGAACAUGCAGAUCGAUCUACCUACCAGACUUCGCAACCCCGAAACAUCCUCGCCAUACCCAAGCCCACAGCCUCCCUUGCCCCGAUCUCCCGGUUCUCCAAACCUCGCUGCCCAAGCUGGACGCCGAGAGUCGUUGGAUGGCGACUCGUCCAUGCAUGAUAGCGCGAAUGCGUCUGUCAGCUUGCCUUCUGGCGCGGGCAACACGACCGCUGACAUCACCACUGCGAUGGAAGAGCACGAGAAAGAGGAGGGCAAGUUCUCAGCCCAGCCGCUGAAGGUUCAGAACGGAGUCGCCAUGUUGGAAGAGAGCGUUGAGUUACACGUGCCGGAUGUGAUGACCCAAGUUUGA